CAUGGUGUUAAUAUAUCGAUUCGGGCGCAGGAGUCGCACGCUUCGCGAAGAGCGUACGCUGAGUAGGGGGUGGAGAGUAGCGAACGGAGAGAGAGAGAGAGAGAGAGAGAGAGAGAGAGAGAGAGAUGGAGACGACGACGCUACGCCGUGCGAAGACCCCCGCUCCGCUGCUGCUUCUGCUUCUGUGGGCUUGGGCUAGGGUUUCAUCGACCUUCGUUUCCGCCUCCAUCGAUUUCUCCAGAGAUGGCACCGUUAUCGAGCUAAACGAGUCCAGCUUCGACGCCGCGAUCGCCGCUUUCGAUUUCCUCUUCGUCGAUUUCUAUGCUCCCUGGUGUGGCCAUUGCAAGCACCUCUCUCCCGAGUUGGAUGCUGCUGCUCCUGUGUUAGCAGCGCUGAAAGAUCCUAUUUAUGUAGCCAAGAUAAAUGCGGACAAGUGUAGGAAGCUUGCUUCCAAAUAUGAAGUCGAUGGAUUUCCUACAUUGAAGCUCUUUAUUCAUGGAGUCCCUGUUGAUUAUUACGGUCCAAGAAAAGCUGAUUUGCUCGUUCGCUCUCUUAAGAAGCUUGCCGCGCCCGAUGUUUCUCUGCUCGAAUCAGAUUCUUCGAUAUACAACUUUGUUGAAACAGCUGGUACAGAUUUUCCUAUUUUUUUGGGCUUUGGGUUGGCCGAAUCAGUGAUUGCUGAGUUUGCCAGUAAAUUCAAGAAAAAGGCAUGGUUUGCUGUAGCAAAAGAUUUCUCGGAGGAAAUGAUGGCUGUGCAUCAUUUUGAUAAAGUCCCAGCACUGGUAUCUUUUCAUCCUAAAUAUAAUGAUCAAAGCGUGUUCUAUGGCCCUUUUGAAGGGAAGUUCUUGGAAGAAUUUAUACAGCAAAAUCAGCUACCUCUUGCUGUGCCCAUUAAUUCCGAGACAAUUAAGUCGCUGACUGACGACGAGAGAAAAAUUGUACUUGCAAUUGUGGAGGAUGAGUUGGAUGAGAAAUCAAUGAAGUUAGCCAAAACUUUGAGGACUGCCGCUGCUGCAAAUCGUGAUCUAGUAUUUGGGUAUGUCGGAAUCAAGCAAUGGGAAGAGUUUGUUGAUACAUUUGAUUCCUCCAAGAGCUCAAAACUACCAAAGAUGCUUGUGUGGGAUCGAAAUGAAGAAUAUCACCUGGUUGUAGGUUCAGAGAGCCUCGACGAGGAGGAUCAAGCAUCGCAGAUAAGCCGUUUCCUUGAAGGAUACAGAGAAGGGAAAACAAUCAAGAAAAGAGUCAGUGGCCCUUCACUUCUUGGUUUCUUCAAGUCACUUAUCAGCAUCAGGACGGUUUACUUGGUUGUCUUUGUGGCUGCUCUUCUCAUGCUUAUGCAACAUUUGAGCAAUCGACGUGCGAAUGAUCAUCCCCAAGUAAGACAAAGUGAAGUUGAGCCUGAGCUCACGGAAAGAUCCACAUCCGAGAGCGAAAGCCGAAGAGAAGAUUAUCAACCAGGGGAUAAGGAAGAUUAAGGGACUGCAUAAUGAUUAUUAGUUGUUGAGGGUGGACUUGGUAGAUUAAUACUUGGCCUCUCAAUCUUUAGUUUUCAUGGUUAUGAGGAUCUAGCAUCAAAUUCCUGCUAACUAUUGUGAAAAUCCAUCAGUUGGCCCACCACUGUUUUUUGGAACACAAGUAUUUUUCUGUAUAUCUUUGGACAUUUUGUUUUUUUAAAGAAAUGCAAUGUUUCACGUUUAUUUAAGCAGUUUAUUA